UGCCUCCAGAGUCCCACGUCUCCUUGAGAUGUCUGUGAUCAACUCCCAGCCUUCCCCCUUUGGACACCUGACACGGGAGAGACACAUUGAAUCUGUGGCCAAGUCACUGAAGUGGGACGAUGCCCCAGAGCUCCUGGUUGGGGAGGCAUCUCAGGAGGGCCGCAGCGGUGAAGUCUUGGCUACUGAGUCAGAUUCAACACGGCUUCAGAGGCACCCCCUGCAGGUGGUCAACACAUGGGGCACCCAGGGGUACAACUGCAGCACGGAGGCUUGGAUGCGUUAUGAAACAGCGCCCUCCAGAACGAAGUGCCAGCGUGCCCUGGAUUUACCUCUGGUGCCACCAGCCUAUGGAGGGGGUCAAGAAGGAGAGUUGGGUCCCUCGUGGCACCGAGAGGCCGGCACUCAUCCUGAACUGCAGUUACUGGCGGGGGCCCAAGAGCUUUGCAUCACCUCCAAGGCUGAGCACCACGGGCUUGUCAGCAGCUCCCAAGGAAGAAGCUACGUCAUCAGAGGCACGGCAGGCAAAAGGGGACUCCUGCUGUUGGCCACCGAAGAAUGCAACAACUGCUGCUUUCACCUGUGUGGCCCUGCCCGCCCCUGCCACCUUUGCCUCCAAGAUCAGGAAGGCCAUGUCGUCCUGUGGUUCUGCAGACCUUUCCGACUGGGCCUCGGCUGUCUCCCUUGCUGCCAGAUGGAGAUGGUGGCUUUCACCGGCGAUAACCAGCUUGUUGGCACCGUGCGCCAGAGGUGCCGCACCUUCUCCCAUCUCCUGGAAGUGAGCGGUGCCCGUGGUUUUGCCACCAUGAAGAUCUAUGGCUCCUGCAUUCCUACACGGUGCUUCUCUGAACAGGAGUUCCAGGUCCUCUCCUCCACCGAUGGCAUGGUAGCCACUAUUUGGAAGAAGUGGCCGGGAUUCAAGGAGGAACGCAACAUGGAUCACGAGACCUUUGGAGUGGACAUGGCCGCAGCAGACCUGAGCAAUGAGGAGAGGGCUUUGCUCCUGGCUGCAGCAUUCCUGCUGAACUUCAUGUUCUUUGAAGUGAGCUGAUGGGCAGCACUAAGAGAAGACCGAAAGGAACUUUAGUGGCUCAACCCUGUUCUGCACCCAGAGAACCCUCAAUUGUAACGUCUUGCCGUGGAGAAGCUCCCACAGGGCCUCCGACUAAGAAGGGGAUGCUAACUUUGUACCAAAAUGCCUGCAGCUUUCACAGCUGCCUGGAAUCCAGGCAUCCAACAGGAGAGGUCAAGAGACAGAAUAGGAAGCCUCACCUACUAAAGGUCUGUGUCAGGCAGUUGUGAAAGGCCCAAGAGAGAAAAAGUUGGCAGCCCUGUCACAAAGACACCCUGUUCCACUUUGGAGCGAGGGCAUUCGUCACCCCACCUUCUCCUUAUGCAGAGUAUGGCCACGGAAUCGUAGAAUUGUUGAGUUGGAAGGUACCCCGAGGGUCAUCUAGUCCAACCCCCUGCAACGUGGGAAUCUUUUGCCCAAGGUGGGGCUCAAACCCACAACCCUGAGAUUAAAUAUUGUGCUCUACGGAUUGAGGCAUCCCAGUAGGCGAUCUGCAAAGAUAUUCUUUAGCUGCGAUUCCUGCUUUGCAGGGGGCUGGAAUAAAUGACCCUUUGAUACCCUUUCAAUUCUGCAAUUCCAUGAUUCUAUGACUUGAUGGCAGUGGAGGCUGCUGGUUCGAGGGAGAACGGGGCAGUGCCCAACGAACCGAGUGUUUGCCCUCACUCGGCCCCUACACCCCGUUUACCUUGCUACUCAACCAGUCCAGGGAGUGGGGGCACUGCCUUUCUUCUCCUUAGUCUCAGCAUUGCCCUUGUAGAGUUCAGCAGGGAGGAAGAGAAGCACGGGGACAAAACUGGAAUGAGCUGGCUCUGCCUUUUCUUGGCUUUGGCGCCACCUGCUGUUCAGCUCCCUGCCAUCCAUCCUACUAGCCUCAAUGGGCACAAUGAGCUCCCAUUGCAUUUGGCUCCUUGGAAUUUCUAGCAUGAAAACAAGAUUCCUCACAGAGCCCAGGAAAGGUGGAUCAAGAGCCAAGAGCCCAGAAAUCAGCAUUUUCCAGUCCCCAUGUUCUCAGGCUUCUGGCACCAAGGGUAACUACCUACUGAACUUCCUUCUG